CUCUCAUACAAUGAGGUUCUCAACUUUCACUUUGCUUGCACAAGCAUGCGCUUUCCUUUCACCAACCCUCGCAAAUCCUACUCCCGAGCCACUUGAAUUCGUGAAUGAAUUUGGCGCGCUCGAAGCAAUACCUCCUCCCGAGGCAGGGUCACUUGCCCGCAGGACACCUCAGACUGGAGGAGAUGUAGCGUGCAAAAAUGCACCCAACACGAGAGCUUGUUGGUCGACAGGCUUCACCAUCGCCACUGAUUUCGACGCCAAGUCACCCAAUACUGGACGCGACGUUUACUACGAUCUGGAAAUCACGAACAGAACCGACAUGGCUCCUGAUGGCUUCAACAGAAUAGUGAUGGCCAUCAAUGGACAAUAUCCUGGUCCAACACUCUAUGCAGAGUGGGGUGACCGCAUGAUCAUCAAUGUCAAGAACUCACUGGAACAUAAUGGCACAUCCAUUCACUGGCACGGACUUCGUCAGCUCAACACCUGUCAGCACGACGGCGUGAAUGGCGUGACCGAAUGUCCCAUUGCUCCUGGACAGACCAAGCAGUACAUUAUCCGGUGCACGCAACACGGCACUUCAUGGUACCACAGCCAUUACUCUGCACAGUAUGGCGAUGGAAUCGUUGGUGCCAUUGUCAUCAAUGGACCGGCAACGAGUAACUACGAUAGCGACCUUGGUACUUUGACCUUCACAGACUGGUUCUACAAGACUGCAUUCGCGACCAAUGUCAUUGCGCUUCACAGCACACGAGGCCCUCCAACUCCCGAUACCGGCCUCAUCAACGGCACGAUGAAACGCGAUGAUGGCGGAGGAGCGUACCACGUCACCAAAGUCACCAAAGGAAAACGUUUCCGCCUCCGACUCAUCAACACCGGCAUCGACAACCACUUCCACAUCUCCAUCGACCAACACAACUUCACCGUCAUUACCUCCGACUUCGUCCCCAUAAAACCCUACGUAACCAAAUCCGUCUCCCUCCAAAUCGGCCAACGCGCCGACAUAAUCAUCAAAGCCGACCAAGCCAUCGGAAAUUACUGGCUUCGUGCAGACGUAGGCACAGACUGCGGCCGCAACCUCAUGGAAGGCAAAAUCCUCAGCAUAAUCCGCUACGACGGAGCGCCCUCUUCAAACCCCACCCAAGCCGUCUCCGAAAUCACAAAAUCCACAGGCUGCUACGACGAAACCGUGCGUCCCUACGUAAACAACACCGUCCCCUCCUCCGAAUUCAACGCCGUACGCCAAAACAUCGAACUAGACUUCAACCAAACCACCACCGCCUCCGGCGGCGCUUUGGUCCAAUGGCUAAUCGACGGCUCCGACAUGCGAGUCGACUGGUCUUACCCAACCCUCGGCCAAGUCCUAGACAAUAACAACACCUACGCAGACAAACAAAACGUCAUCGAAAUCGUACAAAAACCAAAUCAAUGGACUUUUUGGGUAAUUCAAACGAAACAAGGGGAUUUUGUCAAUUUACCGCAUCCGAUUCAUUUACAUGGUCAUGAUUUUUAUGUUAUGGGGAGUGGAGAGAUGGGAACGUGGAAUGGAGAUGUUAGUCAGUUGAAAUUUGAUAAUCCGCCCAGGAGGGAUACGGCGACGUUGCCGAGGGGUGGGUGGUUGAUUAUUGGGUUUCCGGCGGAUAAUCCUGGCAUGUGGCUGAUGCAUUGUCAUAUUCCAUGGCACGUUGGAGCGGGUCUGAGCAUGCAGUUCUUGGAAAGGAAAGAUGAAGUCAAGGCAGCUCUUGGGAAUCUUGGGGAUUACGAGAAGACUUGUGAUGGGUGGAGGCAAUAUUGGAAUAAGCCUGGCAGGCUGUAUGAGAUGGACGAUUCGGGUUUGUGAGGUUUCGUACGUUGUAGAAAAGUCCAAG